CUUCAUUUCGAAGUUUCCUCUCAGGCAGCGACAUGUCGUGACAGUCUGCACAGUGACAGGCACAAAAGAUAUCACUUGCGAUAUGCUUGUGAUCACUCUUUCAAUCUAGCUCAAUCUUUCGUGCGAAUGCAGACUAUCAGAAUCACUUGCAUCAAGUUAUUCACAGCCGACCGUACUCACUCACUCUCAUCAUAGUCUAUGCUAUGUUGAGUCGACUGUAUUGACUCUAUCUUUUCACAGUUUCUUGACCUCUUGGACGCGUAUAUCUAGACUCAUGACGAGCAAAGUUGGCUAUAAUAUUGAUCUAGAAAAACGCUUGCAGGGAUCGGUUCCCAAGAAAGGUCAUACUCAGGCUCACCCCACUUUACUAUCAAGUACCUCAUCUUCAGACGACCCAAGAGACGUAUUGCAGGGUGAAGAUCGAGCAUGGUUCUCACAUUGGAAGCCCUUUCUAGCUGGGCUCUUACUAUCCCUGGUCGUGGUGCAACAGUUUCCAAGAAGCGAACAGCCUGUUAUUUGUUCACCGAAUGCAAGUUCCGUCUGUCCGGCAGCGUCACCGAUUGCUCCUUCUGUUCACGCGGAUCUCCUCAAACAGUUGGAGAUCAGCUAUGCGACCGAGGGCUUCAAAAUUAAUUCAUUUGCAUUGUUGGGUGGGGCAGUGAAGAUACCCACGGAAAUGUUUGAUGACAUGAAGGUCCCUGGACAAGACCCUCGAUGGGACGUAUUCAAUCAAUUACAUGGAUACAUCGAUUCGCACUUUAUUCAGGUAUACCGUGAACUGCGCAAGACAACAAUCAACACCUAUGGACUUGUCUAUCAUUGGCAAGGAUCUAACCCGGAUCUGAAGCCUCUUCUCUUGACCGCUCACCAAGGCCAGUCUUUCCCAUCACUGCUGCAGACUUCGUUGGAGGAGCUGAAAGUUCUUCACGUCAUAUACGUAGAUGUUGUUCCUGUCGAACCACUUACGGUGGACACUUGGCUAUACCCUCCAUUCUCUGGAACAUGGGACGGCAAAUGGAUCUGGGGCCGAGGCAGUUGUGACGAUAAACCGGGCCUCAUUGGAUCUUUGACGGCGAUUGAGAAACUACUCGAGAAGGGCUUCAAGCCCCAGAGAACUAUUGUUCUGGCGUUCGGUAUCGAUGAAGAACGUGGUGGAAUUGUCGGAGGGACUGGAAUCCGAGACUAUCUACUCUCUGCAUAUGGCCCAAAUGCUUUUGCAUUACUGAUAGACGAAGGCGGGACUUUGGAGGCUCACAGCGACGGCGUAAUCGCGACUCCAGCCGUGGCAGAGAAAGGUCAUUUUGACCUCCGGAUGAGCAUAUCUACACCAGGAGGACAUUCAAGUGUACCACCGGAGCAUACUAGCAUUGGCAUCCUUGCAGCAUUGAUUGCAGAGCUUGAAGCCAAUCCGUUCACACCUCAUCUUUAUCGAAAUGAGCCAUAUUUCACAGCUCUGCAAUGUCAAGCUCUUGUUGAUCCCGAGAUGGACGACGAACUUCGUGACUUGAUCGGCAAGGCGCGGUACAGUGAUAAGGCUCUGGCUGAUCUUGAGGAGAGAUUGUUCCGCAACCCAUUGUCUAGAGCUUUGGCUGGAACUACUCAGGCUACGGACAUCGUGCAUGGUGGGGUAAAGACUAAUGCGCUACCCGAGAACGCUUUUGCCAUCGUGAAUCAUAGAAUUGCGGGCCAUAGUUCUGUCUCCACCGUAAAGACCCAUAUUGCCGCAGUACUGCUGCCCAUAGUCAAGAAGUUCAACCUUUCGUUAGACGCUUUCGGCGAGAGUCUCAACGGGGAGCUGAGCCAGAAAACAUCAGGACACUUGAAGUUAUCGGACGCUUGGGGUACUGCUCUUGAGCCCGCUCCCGUAACUCCUUGGCUGAAGAAUCCGGCCUAUGAUCUUCUUGCUGGAACCAUUCUCAAUGUUGUAAAGACCUCGGCGAGGUGGAAUAAUCCUGAUAUCCCAGUCAUCGUUGCGCCGGGGACUAUGACUGGGAAUACUGAUACCAGGUAUUACUGGAAUUUGACUCAGAAUAUCUUCCGUUAUGGUCAUGUCAGCCGCUUUGACAAGUACAAUGGUGCUCACACAGUCAACGAAGCUAUACUCGCAGAUGCCUUCAUCGAUCUUAUUCGCUUCUUUACUAUCGUGAUUCUCAAUGCAGAUGAGUCCAAAAUCCUGUAGAUAUUAAAGUAAUGUUUAACUUCAUACGUGGUAUCCUUCCUAUCAUACGAAAGCGAAUGACGAAGCGUAAGAAACAAAUCCGAAGAGCCAACAACAUCCUACCAAAUUAAACAAAAGCAAAGAGAUAUCAAAUGAUACGAAUCUAGUCCCAGACUAACUGUCCCUUCUCGUUGACAUACGAAGACAUACCGCCACUCGGCUUCUUGCCCUUCAAAGCGUGCUGCUCUACCAUCUUCGCUUUCUCCACCUCGCGUUUGUGUCUGGCCAACACGGCCAAACGUUCAGCCUCGGCAUUCGCCUUCAAGGAUUUCUGAGCCUCGCGCUUGGCAGCGUUCUGACGUUGCUUCUUGGUGAGAGAUUCUGGCGCGGAGAAGUUCUGUGAUGAUUGGGGCGAGUUCGCCUUAUUGACUUCUGGUAGAACACAAUGAGAAACAUUAGUACGAUGUAGGGUAGGGAACUUGCUGAAAUCUCACUUGGUCUGGUGCGACUGUUCUUCACCACC